AUGGAGAUGGAGAUGGAAAUGGAGGCUCCCGGAGCAGGCGAAGAUGGAGGAGGCGUGGACGGCAUCAGCGACCUCCCCGACGACCUCCUCGGUGAGAUAAUCACCCUCCUCCCUACCAAAGACGCCGCCCGCACCCAGAUCCUCGCCUCCCGGUGGCGCCACCUCUGGCGCUCCUCCCCUCUCAACCUCGACUGCCGCGGCCUCGUCAAGCGUCGGAUUCACCUCCCCGGCGUCGUAUCACGCAUCCUUGCCUCGCACCUGGCGCCCUGCCGCCGCUUCUGGGUAGACCUACACGACCUCAUGCGCAUAGAUGCUACAGAGGACGAGUUGCUCCGCAUGAACGCUGCCGUGGACCAGUGGCUCCGAUCAGCCGCCCUCCGCAAUCUACAAGAGCUUGGUGUAUCGCUAUCCUGCCACCUAGUUUAUCCAAUGGCGUCAUACAUCUCCCGCCUCUCGACCACCCUCCGUGUUGCCACCAUUGCAAACUGCAACCUCCAUGACAGCACUGUUCAAGGGCUUCGGUUCCCCCAGCUUAAGCAGCUCGCGCUUGAAAGCGUCAGAAUCUCCGAGUGUUCGCUGCACCACAUGAUCGCCGGGUGUCCAGCUCUCGAGCGCUUGCUGAUUAACUGCAGCUUUGGCUUCCGCUGCGUCCGCAUCAACUCCCUUAGCCUUACAAGCAUAGGUGUGCAUGUUUGGUCUACAUGGUACAACGAGCUCAAGCUCGGGGAACUCGUCAUUGAGAAUGCCCCAUGUCUUAAGAGGCUGCUCCAUCUUGAUCAAAUUGGGUAUGGUGACCACCUCCAUAUAUCGGUGAUCUCCGCACCUAAGCUGGAGACCCUGCGCUACCUUUCCAACUUCACCAAAAUCUCGUUUGGCUCAGCGGUUAUUCAGGGAUUGUGCGCUGAUAGCCUGACGGCGGUGGUGCCGACUGUCAAGAUUUUGGCUGUUGAUAUGCAUGUUCUUAGUUUGGAUGCGGUGAUUCAGUUGAUGGGAUUCUUUCCGUGCCUGGAGAAGUUAUACAUCGAGUGCUCUUUUCACUCGUUUCAAUCAGGGCCAACAAAUGUGUGGCGUCUCCUCAAGAAGCAGAAGCUUAUCAGAUAUCUUGACAUCCCUCUCAAGACAAUUGUGUUGGAACACUAUCGCGGCACCAAGUCACAAGUUAGCUUUCUGACAUUCUUUGUAUUGCAUGCGAGAUUGCUAGAGGUGAUGACACUUGGCAUCAGAACCACGGACAACUCUGAGGAGUUCUUGGCAGAACAACGCAGGAAGCUUCAGCUAGAGAACAGGGUUUCCACAGAUGCUCGGUUUUAUUUUACAACUGACAGAUAUAUACGCAAUUAUUGACAUCUGAAUUAAGGCCAAACAGUUUGUGGUGUCGUAAACACUAGAAAGUGAUCAGAUGUCUUGACACCCGUUUGAAGACAGCAGUGUUGGAAAGGUAUCAGGGCAGCAAGAUACAAAUUAACUUUGUUGCAUUCUUUGUCUUGAACGCAAGAUUGCUAGAGUUGAUGGAACUUGGCAUCAGAACCAGGAAUAACAGUGAGGAAUUUUUGGCAGAACAUCGCAGGAAGCUUCAGCUAGUCAACAGGGUUUUCAGUGAUGCUCCGUUUUACUUUACAACUCAUAGAUUUGUCCGCAAUUAUUGGUGUAUCAACCUUUUCCAUGAGUUGGAUUUAACUUAUCCAUUUGCACAUAUAUAGAUGUUGAGGCUGGAUUUGUUCUUUUGGUGAGUUCUUGUUGCUUAUCUUGUUGUGUUUUCUUCAAACUCUACUUGGUGUUGUGCCAUAGUGUUUCUUUAUAGUUUAUACUAUCCUGGAACCUUAACAGCA